AUGUGGGAAUGCAGUGUCGCUCAGGAUGUUUGGGCUGGGUCUUGUUCUCGGAUACAGAAGUGUGGUGGGGAGAUGGAUGAAUUUCUGCACUUGUUUCAGUAUAUGAUGUCCAGACUGUCAAUGGAGGAGUUUGAGUUUUUUCUGGUCCAAAGUUGGCUUAUUUGGUAUUGUCGAAAUGCUCUGUUACACGGUGGAGUAAUGCACCAUCCUGGGCAACUAAAUCGGCGAGCCACUGACUUCUUGAGGGAGUAUAGGGAUGCCCAAGGCUCACUUGCAGCAGGCUCGGUACCUCCUGGAAUUAUGCAGAACUGGAAGCCACCAACGGGUCAGCUGUACAAAUUGAAUUUCGACGCGACUGUGUUUGAAAAUGGAUCGGGGAUUAGAGCAGUGAUCCGUAAUGCAGCUGAGGAUGUUAUGGCAGCGUUAUCAGCUAGGGGAGUAGCAGUGGGUGACAGUGAGGAGGCGGAAGCUUUAGCAUGCCGGAAAGCAUUGGAGUUUGCUAUUGAUGCGGGGUUCUCGGAAUUAGUUGUCGAAGGGGAUAAUGUGCUAGUCAUACAUGCUGCGUCUUCCUCGUCUCUAAACUGGUCUCGCCUGGGUGUGAUAUAUGAUGAUAUUGGUUGUCUCGCAGUAGGUCUUCGCCACGUGGUUUUUAACUUUAUUAGACGUAGUGCCAAUUCUGUGGCCCAUUUAGCACGUUAUGCCAAUGUAUUAGAUGAGGAGGUUGUGUGGUUGGAAGAAUUGCCACCACCAGCUCUUGAUGCUUUGUUAUCUGACUCUUCUUUUUUAAUUGAAUGA